AUGACUAGGUCAGUUUCAGUUUCAGGUUCUGGAUUACCAUCGCUUGAUUUAGGUACAGACAAUAGGAACGGGACAAGGAGCGCGCUGUUUGCAGCUGGAAAGUCCAAGAGAUAUAAUAAUAGCGAGGAGUCCAACGAGAACAGUGAAGGUAACAAGAAGAAUAGUAUCGAUUUCAGUAAUCAGAACAAUAAUAACGGCAAAACUAGCGACAAUGACAACGACAACGACAAUGACAACGACAAUGACAACGACAAUGACAACGACAAUGACAACGACAAUGACAACGGCAACGACAACGACAAUGACAACAUUGGCGGCGAUGUCUACGCCAAUGACGACAGAGAUAUCAGUGUUGAAGAGGCAAUUGGAAAAUUAAACCUAGGAGGUGAAGCAAACCGAGAAGCAGAGGAAGAGUUAAAACGCACCACAGUGGUUUCAGACGCAAGGGAUGAUACAGGAAUCAAAUCCUUUAAUAUCGACCAAAAGCUUUCCGCCAAUGUGGCCAGCCCUACUCAAACAUUUAGCAGUGCAUCAUACAUGGGGCCAUUUGUGCAUUCUACAACAAUGGCCAAUAUACCAUCUCAUAUUCCUCCUUUACACAUGCAUGGACCACCACCACUCCCUCCUCCACAUUUACAUCCACAUCCUCCUCCACAUCCUCAUCCACAUCCUCAUCCACAUCCUCAUCCACAUCCUCAUCCACCAUUAGAUCCCUCUCACUUUAGUCCAUUUUCCCAAUUUGCAGUACCACAGGAGCAUGGCGAUCUUGGUCGAACUCCAACCCUCAUGGUGCCAUAUCAGCUACACCACCAACACCAACACCAACACCAACAACAACAUUUACCUGGCCAUGUGGGAGGGAUUCCUUCACCACGGGCCUCUAACUCAUUGAAUUUUCAGGCAUUUGCGAUGAAUUCUCCAAGUAUACAGCUAGAGACAUCUAAUGGUAAAGAUGAUGGUAAUGGUGGUGGUAUUGGUGGUGGUAUUGGUAGUGGUAGUGGUGAUGGUAAUGGUGGUGAAAAUUCCGGCAAUUACUCUACAAGCAACUCUAUGUGGAACAGCAAUCUAGGAAUGCAUUUCAAUGGAUCGGCUAUGUUUCAACCACCACAGUGGUAUAACCAGCAUCAGCAACAACAACAACAACAACAAGAUCAACAACAAUAUAAAUACUAUCCUUAUAAUCAUUUCCCGCCUAUGCAACAGCACCCACUGGUUUAUGAGUUUAGGAACUCAAAGAUGACCGAGUAUAAUAAUAGCCAGUUACAUAAAAAAAGUUAUAACAAUAACAAUAAGAACCAUAAUAAUUAUAAGAAUAACAGCAACAAGCACAAUAAAAAUAACAAUAACAAUAGCAAUGCGGAUGGUCAUAAUGGAGGAAUGUAUUCACCAAAACCAAAGCAUGUUCAGAGUAAUGGUAACGGAGGCGUUCAUAGCUUUGCACCAAAAUUGUACAAUUCAAAUUUACAGCGUGGCAAGUUUAAAAACCUGAAUGAGAAUGGUUACUUUAAUCACGCGCGUCGAGGCGAAGAGGCACGCAAAUACGCCAAUGCCAAGAUAUCCGACUUUAAAGGCAAGAUUGCUGAUUUAUGUACCGACCAGUAUGGGUGUCGGUUUUUGCAGCGUGUUUUGAUUGAUGAUGAAGAUGAAGAUGAGAAUGAGAAUGAGAAUGAUGAAGAUGAGAAUGAUGAAGAUGAGAAUGAUGGUAAGCAGAAUAUUCUGAGUGACAAUAAACACGAGUUGGUUGCCACAGUUAUUUUUGAUGAGAUUUAUCCGAGUAUAGCGAAACUUAUGAUGGAUCCGUUUGGGAACUAUUUGGUACAGAGACUAGUUGAGGAUUUGAACAAAGAGCAAAUCAAGGUUUUGUGGGAACAGAUUUGUAGUGAUUUUUUUCAAAUACUGUGUAAUCGUCAUGGCAGUCGGGCAUUGCAGACGAUUAUUGGGUAUGUUGCACCUAAUGACAAGGAGAUCAAGGAGAUGAUAAUUGGGAGUAUUUCAUCUAGAAUUGUGCAGUUGAUGUGUGAUGUGAAUGGUAUGCACAUUGUUAAUAAACUAGUACAGGUAUUUGGCCAAAGAGGUAAGGGUGAUGGUGAAGAUGGAGAGUUGUUGCAAGAAGAAUUGGAUAAUCAGUUUAUCUAUAAUGAGUGUUUGCUUAAUUGUGAGAUGCUAGCAUGUCAUAAGCAAGGGUGCUGUGUAUUGCAAAGGUGUUUGGAGCAUGGUUCUAUCAAACAAGUUGUAGAACUAUGCCAUGAGAUUACAAUGCAUGUAUCAAGGUUGGUUGUGGAUCCGUAUGGUAACUAUGUUUUGCAGUAUGUUCUUCUUGUUGGUGGUGGUUGUGAUGCUGAUGCUGAUGCUGAUGCUGAUGCUGAUGCUGAUGCUGAUGCUGAGAGUCAGAGUCUUAUUUUGGAUUAUUUAAAGGAGAACUUGUAUGUGCUUUCAACAGAUAGGUUUGGGAGUAAUGUGAUUGAGCAAUCAUUGAAGAUGAAAGAGAAAGGAGGCAAUGAUGGUGUACUAGCGGUGAAUAAUAGAAUGGAAACCCAAGAAGCGUUGAGUAUAAAGGAUGGGAUGAUCCUGUCGUUGCUUGAAUUGUCGAGUGAAAAGUUUGUGAAACUACUUAAUGAUCUGUAUGGUAACUAUGUGAUUCAAAGCUCGCUUGAUGUUGCCAAUGAACUGGACCUGAAGAAAUUGCAAGAAUUGUUGGUGCCACUUUUGCCGGAGAUUAGAAAUACACCGCAUGGUAAGCGAAUAUUGAGUAAGUUGAGUGAAAAGUAA